CGGACGGGGCGGGCGGGGCUCGUCCGGGGUGUUGCCCAUUUGCAUGGCGGGGCCACGGGCACGCCGGGGGGCACCCAGGACGUUCGUCGCACUGACCCGCGUGCCUGCGUCGAAUUGAUGUCGAACAAGGCACAUGGCAGAGCGCCCCGGCUGCUCUGGCCCCCCAGCCCAGUUGCCGGCGCCCGGACUGUUCACCCGAAAGCUUUGGCGCUGCCUUCGCCGGCCUUCUUGCGUGUGCGCGCGCGGGGCCAGAGCGAUACCGAGCGCAAGGCCGGCCAGGUGAAACCCCUGCAGCACGAAAAGCAGGGGCCCGGUUAGACCCAAGAAGAAACCCCGGCUACUUGAAAACCAUGGCAAGCGCCGCGGUAAUUCGCACGACAGAGCAAGACCGCGAGCUGGCCGGCGCUUCUGAGCAAAUUUAUCAUGCCGGAGCUCACGACGCCAUUUUCGAGCUCGGAAAUUUAGCGGAAGGCGCUGAAUGCUUCGCGCGUUUUAAGGAGUACAAAGCAACGACCGGGAGCAGGGCCCCCGCAGGGAUAGACGCAAAUCCCGAAGAGGUCAAGCGCAUCAAGAGCGAGAGGCAAGUAUUGGCGGCCGGGCCGGCGGGCCGUCCGUCGCGCAUGGGGAGGCUUUCGGCAGUGGCUGCGCCCGUCCUACUGUCUGCCAGCCGCCCGGCGCGGCCCCGGCUUGGCGCGGCACUUCAGCAGGGGCGGCGACGGCCGCGCGCCGAUCUUCCGCACUUCGCCGGGGCGCGACGUUGC